AUGGAGAACGCAAAGAAGUGACGAUGGAAGGGGAGGACAACGAACUCCGGCUAAUCCUGGUGGGGAAGACCGGAGGCGGGAAGAGCGCCACAGGCAACACCAUCCUCGGCCAGUCAGUGUUCAAGUCCAUCCUGCAGCCAAACACCACCACCCUGAAGUGCGAAAGGGGGCAGAGAAUCUGGAAGAACAGGAAGGUCUCCGUGGUCGACACACCCAACAUUUUCGAUUCUGAAAACCACAGUAUGCAACACGAGAUCGAGGCUUGCAUCGAACUCUCCCGGCCUGGCCCCCACGUCCUGAUCUUUGUGACCCAGGUGGGAUGCUUCGCCGCCGAAGAUGUGACAGCUGCAAAGAGUGUCCGGGAUAUCUUUGGGGACGAGUCCGCCAGGUACACGAUCGUCCUCUUCACCUGCAAGGAGGAUUUGAGAGGGGAAUCCCUGCAGGAGUACGUCCGAAAUUCCAAGAACCGCAAUCUGCGGGAGCUGAUCCAGCGGUGCGGGGACCGCUUCUGUGGCUUCAACAACAAGGGCACAGGAGUCGAGUGGCAGGCGCAGGUCUCGGAGCUGAUGGGGACGGUGCAGAGAGUCGUUUCGGAGAACAGGGGAAGACACUACGUCAUCCGGCUGCCCAAGGUGCCCAAG